UGUAGGGAGUAAAAAUUGAUUGAGAAAAGUUUUAAUUUCACUGCUGGUAAAAUUUGUUUGAAUGCUGCUUGAUAUAUAUUUCAGAAAGGCAUAUUUUAGAGAAACUGUAGAGUGUUUGCAAAUAAUUAUUCGAAAUAUAUUACACGAAGGCUGAUAUCUAAUAUCAGCUGUUUUGAGCUGUACGAAGAAAACAAACAAAAACUAAAAGUUUAUUAGUGGAACAAGAAAAUAAAAGUAGAAGUUAUCAUUUGCAUGUGUGUAAUGUGUGGUUUCCCACAGAUCUCCAUGCGCCUGGUGCCAUCAACAACAAAUGCAAUGGGGCUACACAUGCUGCGGCAGUUACACCUUAGUCGGGCGAAACUCAAGGCUUCUAGUAAGACGUCUGCACUUCUCUCUGGCUUUGCUAUGGUGGCUAUGGUAGAGGUGCAGCUCCUGAAGAAAUGUGAGAAUGACUGUACCACUGAUUGCCCUGAUAACUGCAGCAAUAUCUCUGAGGUGCUCCUCAUUGCAUUCUCAGUGUGCACCACGCUCCUGGUGGCUGUACAUCUCCUGGCCCUCAUGAUCUCUACCUGCAUCUUGCCCCAUGUUGAGGCUGUUGCUAGCCUAGCCCAUGUUGACUCCAUGACCAACCUUCACUCGGGCAAUCCAGGUGUCUAUGAGUCACCCCACGUGACUAUGCGAUGGUAUAUUGAGGCUGCCUGGACAUUUUCCACAGUGUUUGGCAUCUUGUUGUUCCUAAUUGAGAUAGGUAUCCUCAGCUGGGUUAAGUUUCAGGAUUACUCAUUCACUGCUUCAAUUGUCUCAACAAUAUUGCUUGUGCCAAUAGUUUUGGUAUUUACUGGAUUUGCUUUUCAUUUUUAUUACAAAUUAGUUGCCCACAAAGUUGAGAGUGCUGGGAAGAACCUUCAAGAGAUAGAAGAGCAGCUGAGACAGCUUCAGGAAAGAACAAAUGAGAACCAGCCAAAUGGAGCCAAUUCUUCCAUUCAAGUGGUGUGAUUUUCUUAGUCAAGCCAGUAGUUUGGGAAUCAUUUCAGGAAAGAAAUUUGGCAUUUAGAUCUUGUUCCUGUAUAAAUAUUGUAUAUGUGAUGUUUAGGAAUUAUAUUUUCUGCUUUGUGUGUCAUGUUUUUUUUAUAUUGCUUCUAAAGGGAUUGUCUAAUUUGCAGAUGAUUUUUAUAUUCAUUUAUCAUUUUUUGUGUGUUUUGCCUAGGUUAUUGACUGUCAAGCCCUUUUAUUCCUUUCAUUUUUAUAUUGGGUGGCUAGCAUUUUUCAUUUUGAUAGUAACAUGGAUGGUAUUUAAACAAUCAAGAGGAACUGUCUCUCUUCUUAUAUAUAGUAUUUUUUUAUGCAAGAACAUGUUCAAUAAAAAACUUGAUUAUGAAAGGAUUUCCAGGGUUAUAGUUGUGAAAAAAAUGAAUGUUUGUUACAUUAAUUUAUGUAGCUAUAACUUAUAGAUUCACCUACUAAAAAGAUAUUUUUUGCCUUGAAUGAAUCUUUACUGUUAUGGGUGGAAAGACGGUGGAAAGGACAUAGAUAGUAGAAAAUUUUUUAUUGAAAACCCUACGAAAGGCUUAGACCAUAAAAUCAUUGUACUCAUAUGAAUAUAGGAAUUAUUUAUAGAAAGCCCACUUCAUCCUUAUAUUUUUAUCUAUUUAUGGUUUGUGUAUUUAUAUUUUGGUGUUUCCCAUGACUUAUAGUUAAUUUUUUAAACACAAAUUUGCCUUUUUGUUGAAAGGCAUACUAAAUAUCUGAGACUGGGGAAUUACUCGAGAUUUGUGUCCAUCUCUUAAGAUUUAUGAUGUGUUAACCUAAAGUCUAAAGUGGAACAGAUUUAUAUAAGAAAUAGGUUAACAAAGGCAAGCAGUUGUAUUAUCUGAAGUGCUAGAGGGAAGCCUUACUAAUCAUUCUUCCCAAAAUCCUGGCUAUUCCACUGUCUGGUUCUGGGUAUAAAGGUUGUAUUUAUAUAUAAUAUUUUGAUAAGUAGCUAGUUCUCUUUUGUAUGGUGAGUCAAUAUAAAUUUAUUAAGUAGUACAAAGUACAAUAACUAGAAAGAAGAUUGACAGUUUCGUUGAAAACCUUUGCUUCCAAGAAAUGAUAAGAAAUAUUAAAUGAUUGAUAACAAAAAAUAUAGUUCAGUAAGAAGAAAUUAGGCAGUCCCUUUAAGCCUCUUUAAUUUUGUUAUAUAUAUUAUUGAUAUUAUAUAAUGAUGAUACUUGAGAAUCUCUGAUUCGAGUUAGUGGCUUCCUAUACCCACUUGUUGAAGUCUUGUGUUUGUUGAUUCUUUUAAGGAACAUAUGAAGACACUUCUCAUUCUAGAGUCCUACAAUCUUACAACUGGUCCCUUAACCCAAUGCUGACAGGUAUGAUGUGUACGUACGUGCUAUGCCCACUGUGAGUACUUGUUUGUUUUUACACAUAGAUGGCUACACUUGUACUAAGUCACCAAUGAGCCAGUUACGAGUACUGCUAUCUUGCCCGUUUACCCUUUUCUUUGAUUUACAAAAUAUUUUACAUUAUCUCAUUAUGCUGUUACUAAUGUUAAAAAACAUUAUAAUAAUUGUAAUGUUUAUAAUAAAAAUAACACCAUCAAUAUUCAUAGCACUAGUAAAAAAUACAUUUUUCCCGCCAAUUCAAGGAAAGGUGAAAUCAGGUAAGAUCACCAGGUCUGCUGAUUAACUCCUUUGUGGCUUAGCACUAGCAGAGUCAUCUAUGGGUAGACAUUUCACAAAAAAUAUAGGAAAUAGGCACAGCAUUUUCCCCAUUUUUUGUUCAUUUUCCUGGCAGCAUUGGGUUAAGAGGACUGUAUGAUAAAAAAGAAACAAAAAAGAAGAAGAAAAAAAAAAUGUUUGACCCAAAAGACUGCUCUACCAUUUUAUUCCUCUAUGCAGAAACCUUGCAUAGCCCAAGUCAAAAUAUUAGAACCUAAUGAAAAUAGAGGUUAGAGAAAUAAGUGAAAAAAAGGCAAUUUGGUCUCUUUCUGUUUGUGGUCAAGCAAUGCUCCUGGGGAUAAAGUCUCCGAGGGAGUUCGUUAGAGAGUAAAGGGGAUAAACCAGGGAUUUUAGGACCAGAUAAUUGAUAUAAUAAAAUUUUUUUGUUGACAUCUUAUUUUCUGCACAUAAACUUGAACUUCACUAAUUAUAGGCAAUAGAUCCAAAAUCUGGUUGUUUAGGCAUCUCCAGCUGUAACAGUUUAGGCAGACUAAGCAUGGAAAAAAAAAAUGUCUGUUACUUUGAGAAAAUUGUAUUCUUUUUCUUCAUUUUACUAAAUUCUAGUUUAGCUUAUCAUGUUUGAAUGAUAUUUGCUUAUACUUCUACUAUAUUAUGUUAUGUUAUUAUAUUUGUUCUAUUUUGAGUGACAA